AUGGUAAGUUUUAUAAGCAACACACAACUUUACCUUUUAGAAAUUCCGUUUUGUUGGUGACUUGGACUGUCCUGAUUGGGUACUGGCGGAGAUUUCGCAGUUCACACAAAUUGUAAGUAAUUUAAAAUUAUAUUUUUCAUUAUUUUAGACUAAAAACAGCUUUAACUCACUGUGCGAAGAGAUGUGUACUCGAUUAUUGAUGUCAAACAGGCAAUUCACACCUGAAGAUACUGAAAGGACCCAAAAUUUAGCUGGAAUAGAUAUGGAAACAGCUAAAGGAGUGAUUGCUGCUUUAGCAUUUAUCAUAGAAAAGUCUGCUAAACAUAAAUGUGAUCCGAGCGAUUUGGAAAAGGAAAUGUUACAAUGUGGCAUGGCUUUUGGUAAGAUUUUUGGCAUAAAACAAAUACUUUGGUCUUAAAUAAUUGAAUAUUGUUUGUACUAUUACAAUAUUUUCAUAUCAGAUCAUGCCAAAGAGCUCAGUGCUGUAUACAACAAGCACUUCUCGAAGUUAACUACAAAACUUGGUCGCGACAUACCGAAAGCUCCAUCUCUAACAAUACUCGAGAAAACACAAAAGGAGAUUAACUCUGUAAAAGUAAGUCAAUAGUUACGUAAAAAUUGAAAACGCAUACUCUAGGUCAACUUGUACUCGCUCAGUGAUUCGAAUGGUAAAAAGUUUCAAUUGGGAAUGACUGACAAGCAACAGGAGUCAUUAAAGCAAGGUAAUAAAAUUCUAAUGUUGCGAUCGCUGAUUUUAGAAAUGCAAAGAGCAUUGAAGUCGUUAGAGCCGUACAAGUAA